AUGAUCUCUGCCCGCGAGCUCGCCCUUUAUGUCGUGGUCGCCUCAUUCUUGGCGUUUUUCUUGUCCUGCGGUGUAUCCGAUGGCCCAAGUCGAUUCUGGUCGUCGGUCAAAGAGGGCGCAAAGCGGUUUGAUCUCGUCGAGCAGGCUACGAAGAAACGAUUGCCAGACUUUACCCAAUACGAGCCGCUGAGAAUACUUUCACGCUCAGAGUUUCCUUUAGAUGAUCCCACUCGUCGAGUGAUCAUAGUUGGCGAUAUACAUGGGAUGAUCCACCCGUUCAACAAACUCCUCGCCACCGUCGACUACGACCCAGAUGCCGACGUCCUGAUACACACCGGCGACAUCAUAUCCAAGGCGCCUCAUCGAGACUCGAUGGCUGUCCUGUCCUUUAUGGCGCGCAAUAACAUCACCGGCGUUCGAGGCAACCAUGACCAGAUGGUGAUAGAGUGGAAGGGUUGGAUGAAGUGGAUAUGUUCCUCGUUCGAUGGUUGCCAGUGGCUUCAACGCGUAGAGAGAGACUGGGACAGACGUCAUAAAGAAGACAAAUCGCUCGCCUUGGAGGACUUCCUGGAGUCAGAAGAGCAGGCCCUAGGGCUGAAAGACAAGCGGUGGUGGAGCUUAAUCCCCUCGGAGUGGAAGAUGCUUGGUGACCACUACCGGAUCGCUAGGAGCAUGUCAGACGAAGAAUACAGCUACCUUCUCAACCUCCCAUUGCGACUUUACAUCCCCAGUGCCCAUGCUUAUGUGGUCCAUGCGGGGCUUUUGCCAUCCGACCCUCAGUACCCGUUCGACUCAAAGAGGCAACCAUUGGCCCAUUUACCGAAGGUUGGAGGACGGUCAAAAAGUGAGGAGAGGAACGGUGUAGAGCACAUGAGGAACCUCCAGGAGAUGGCAGUCUUGACCAAGGUGCCCCAGAACACAAAUCCUUGGGUCGUCCUGAACAUGCGGGCUGUCAAGAAUGGGAAAAUAUCAAGGAAGCGCAAUGGGAAGGACUGGUACAAGAUUUGGGGGAGGGAAAUGGACCAUUGCAUUGGCUUCAGUUCAAAAUUGUUUGACGAUUAUAGCUCGCUAAUACAACCCACCUCUGGGAAGAAGAAACACGGGUUACCGUGCUAUCCCAUCUCGGUCUUCUAUGGCCACACCGCGUCCGUCGGCUUGAACGUCCAAAGAUGGUCCUUUGGUUUGGAUUCGGGCUGCGUGUAUGGUCGCAGACUCUCGGCGUUCGUGAUUGGAGGGCCCGGAGUUCUAUUGGACGAUGUCAGCGAAACCGACGCCGGGGUUGUUGAUGCGGACGGUGGAAAUGAUGACGAUACGGAUGCGUCUGGGAAGAAGAAACACCACAAGAACGGCGACAUCGUCCCCUUCGGUGACCGCUACCAAGGCCAAGUUAUCUCUGUUAAGUGUUAAGGAGAGACUGCGCGAACGUGGCGAUGCAGGUUCCUCAGUGGUUCCCAGAAGCCUGUCCACUUGACGAGAUGGUGCAAGUCUCGUGUCCAAUCCACUCCCCAUUCCCUCGCGUCUGUUAUUGCAUCCUUUACUUCGACCUUCUUGCAUUUCUCCGCCCCUCUGCGCCUUUCG